AAUAAGAAAAAAAUUGGAGUGGUUCUUUAUUAACCACCACCACCACACAUAGGGUCUUGAUGAUCACUAUAUACAUAGACACAAACACAAUUUAUAUGAUACCCACUUUAGAGAGAAGAAUACAUUUGGUGUGUUAUAUAUAUAUAUAUAAUCACAUAGAGAGGCCACAUAAAACACAACACAACUUGGUUAAGUUAGAUCAAAGGGAGCUAAAACCAAUGGAGAAUGGUAAUCAUCAUCAUCAACCUAUCAAUGGCAAUGGCAAUGGUUAUUGUGUCAAUAAGCACCUAAUCAAAACCAAAGGAGAGCUCAUCACUUGUAAAGCUGCGGUUGUUCAUGGACCUGGGGAGCCUUUUGUAUUGGAAGAGAUUUUAGUUGAACCACCUCAAAAAAUGGAGGUCAGAAUCAAGAUCCUCUUCACUUCAAUAUGUCAUACUGAUCUCAGUGCUUGGAAAGGAGAGAAUGAAUCUCAACGCGCGUUCCCACGAAUUCUAGGCCAUGAAGCUUCCGGAGUUGUUGAGAGUGUUGGAGAAGGGGUUAGUGAUUUCGAGAAAGGGGAUCACGUGGUGCCGAUAUUCAACGGGGAAUGCGGUGAUUGCGAAUGUUGUAGUAACCAUUUGAGUAGUAACAAGUGCAGUAAAUUCGGGGUCGAUCCAAAUAUGAAAGUAAUGGUUGGAGAUGGAAGGAGUAGGUUUUGGAGUAAAGAUGGUACUAAACAAAUUUACCAUUUUUUAAACACAUCAACUUUUGCUGAGUACUCUGUUCUUAACUCUGCUUGUUUAGUCAAAAUUGACUCCAAAUUCUCUCCUCAUCUCAAGAAAAUGACUUUACUUAGUUGUGGAGUUUCCACAGGAGUUGGAGCUGCAUGGAACACUGCCAAUGUCCAACCUGGAUCCACCGUGGCAAUUUUUGGUCUGGGAGCUGUGGGCCUUGCCGUUGCUGAAGGUGCAAGAGCAAGAGGUGCAUCCAAAAUAAUUGGUGUUGAUAUCAACCCCACUAAAUUCAGCACAGGUAAAGCAAUGGGAGUUACAGACUUCAUAAACCCAACUGAGCUAGAAAAGCCUGUGCAUCAAAGAAUUAGAGAGAUGAGUAAAGGAGGAGUGGACUACAGCUUUGAAUGUGCAGGCAAUGUAGAUGUUCUUAGGGAGGCCUUCUUGUCUACUCAUGAGGGAUGGGGAUUGACAGUGAUUUUGGGGAUUCAUCCAAGUACAAAAAUGUUACCAAUCCAUCCAAUGGAAUUAUUUGAUGGUCGAUCAAUAACAGCUUCUGUGUUUGGAGGCUUCAAAGGAAAGACUCAACUCCCUAUUUUUGCCCAACAAUGCAUGGAAGGGGUGGUGGAAUUGGAUAAAUUUAUAACACAUGAGCUACCAUUUGAGAAGAUUAAUGAUGCAUUUCAGUUGCUCAUUCAAGGAAAAUCAUUGAGAUGCAUUUUGAACUUGUCAUGAUCGUCAUGAUCACCUUCAUUCUUCUUUCCAAAUUGCCAAUUAUAUAUAUAUAUAUAUAUAUAUAUAUAUAUAUAUUUAUAUAUAUUGAGUGGAAAGGUUGAUUGUGAUGAAAAUUCUAUAUUUAUAAUAUGUAAUAUAUAUGUAUAUUGCAGUUUAAUUUGUAAUGAAUAUUAUUAUAAUAAUAAAUAUGAUGAGUUUGAUACCC